CUCAGUGUUAUAUUGCAAGUCGAGGGGGAGGGUUGUGUGCAAAUCCGCUCCGAUGCGAAUCUAUUUGACCUGUGUCCGUGACCUUGCAUGGUGUCCGUGGCGAUAAAUAGGUGUGUUCUAGUGACCUUAAGGUGCGGAGAGGCGCGAAAGGCGUUAUGGAUACGGAAUUAAGGAAAUACUGGGGACAAAACACCAGACACAUAGGAGGAGUGUGUGUGCUUGGAGGACCUGAGCCACCUCCACCCCACCCCUUGGGCUUCCUGCCCCAGGAGGAGGAGGAGGAGGAGGAGGAGGAGGAGGAGGAGGAGGAGGAGGAGACGCGGGUGCCCCCCGGGGGACGUGACAGCGGUGACGACGAGCCCCCGUCCUGCACCCCCUGGCCCCCAAGCCCCACCCCACCUACCACCAGCCACACCAGUCCCCACAGCAGCCUCCGUCACCCGCCCCACACCAGGAGCACCUGCCCCAGGACUGCCUGCCCCGCCCCCACAAGACACUGCCCCCAGCCUCCCCUGUCCAGAAGGAGCGCGCCCCUCACAGGUCCCGCUCCCGCUCCCACUCCUGCUGCAGCACUGUGGCACUCAACAUAGCCACAGCAGGAGAGGCAGGGGAGAGCUCACUCACACACACACACACACACACACACACACACACACACACACACACACACACACACACACACACACACACACACACACACACACACACACACACACACACACAUUACUUAUAUAACUGUCACUAAUUACACACAAGUAAUUCUUUCACAGGCCAAUUAUCAACCCCCAAACUAACCCCCUCCCUCCCAACAGUUCCAGUACCCUUAUGAUGCAGCCAAGGGGACUGACGCCACCACCACCACCACCACCACCACCACCACCACCACAACAAGGGUUAUUCAAGUGGGGAACAUGCUUCAGGUGUUGCCCCAAGAUGCCUCAGCCCCGCAGCCCCACUCCGCCAUGAUAGUGCAGGCAGGGAAUGUCAUACAGGUUGUUCCAGCUGACAACAUGCAGGUGUUAGGGGCAGAAGUUGUUGGAGUUGGUGGGAUCAUGCAAGUGGUCGGGGUCCCAGGCUCUCCCAAACCAGCUCCCCAUCUGUGCCUAUGCAGUGUCUGGCCAGCCACUUGUGUGUUUUGGGGACUCAGACCAGCAGAUUCCCACUGUUUAUCCACUGUUUGUGUUGAUGCAGUGUCUGGCCAGCCACUAGUGUGUUUUGGGGACUCAGACCAGCAGAUUCCCACUGUUUAUCCAUUGUUUGUGUUGAUGCAGUGUCUGGCCAGCCACUUGUGUGUUUUGGGGACUCAGACCAGCAGAUUCCCACUGUUUAUCCACUGUUUGUGUUGAUGCAGUGUCUGGCCAGCCACUUGUGUGUAUGUAGGGGACUCAGACCAGCAGAUUCCCACUGUUUAUCCACUGUUUGUGUUGAUGCAGUGUCUGGCCAGCCACUAGUGUGUAUGUAGGGGACUCAGACCAGCAGAUUCGCACUGUUUAUCCACUGUUUGUGUUGAUGCAGUGUCUGGCCAGCCACUAGUGUGUUUUGGGGACUCAGACCAGCAGAUUCCCACUGUUUAUCCACUGUUUGUGUUGAUGCAGUGUCUGGCCAGCCACUUGUGUGUAUGUAGGGGACUCAGACCAGCAGAUUCCCACUGUUUAUCCACUGUUUGUGUUGAUGCAGUGUCUGGCCAGCCACUUGUGUGUAUGUAGGGGACUCAGACAAAUUUAUUUACUGUUCAGUGACCCAUUUGCAGGCUCAGGGGUGUUGACGAGCUGGGUGUGCAGGAGACAGACAAUUAGAAAGGAGGCCACGUCGGAGGUGCCUGUGGUGGGGUCGCCAGUUCCAGAGUACGAGGUGGAGGAGGAAGAGGAAGAGGAGGACGAGGAGGAGGCACGGAUGAGGAAGAAGAAAAGAUCAUUAGCUGUAGCUCUCCCUCCAGCUGAUAAGGGGAUAUUAAGGAGCCCUUCCUACAGGUACUCUCCCAGCCGUGUCACAGCUGAUGAUGAUGAUGAUGAUGAUGAUGCCAUGCCCACCCCCAGCCUGAGCCACCCUCCACCCACCCCAGCCCUCACCAAGCCUCCUUCAGUACCCCUCCACACCACCACCACCACCACCAGCGACGCAACAGCCUCAUCUACCUCAGCCGGCCCACCCCCUGGCCCGACCCCCUCCCUGACAGUGGCCCCCACGGCAGGCAAGAAGAAGAAGGAGGAGAAAGUAUCAAUAAUCGUACAGAUUCGCGACGAGGAAUCCAGACUGAAACAGGCGCUGGGUUUAAAGAACAUAAUUUUCAACCCUUACGGUCCUGGCCUGGCCCCGAUUGCCAAGCUGCUGGACACCCCUGAGGAGCUGAAGCGUUUUGAGCCCAAGGGCUGCACCAUGAAGGUCCGGCCGGAGGAGAACGAGGCUCGGCAGAACAGAGACAAAGAACGGCGGCGCAGGGACAGGCCGGAGAGGGUCGACAGAAUGGACCGCCCCAGGGCAAAGGAGAGGGACAGACGCACGGACGCACAGGCCACGCAGGUCCGCUCCAUCCACCCACCCGUGCACAGAAAUGCUGGUAUCUCCACGUUGACAACUGGCCAGAGGAAGUAAGGACAGUACCUUGUGUCCCUGCCUCUGCUACCCCACCCCUGCCCCGCCCCCUGUCCCAGCCCCCCGCACACAAGUCGGCCAAGUCCAAGUGGGACUCUGACACAGAAGAGCAAGUGGACGGACAGAAGUGAGGGGAGAGAGAGAGGAGGAAGAGAAGGAGGAGAGGAAGGAAAAUAAAAAUAUAAUCAAGAAUUUGGAGGAAGAGGAAGACCAGGAGGUACAGGUGAAGGAAGAGGAGGAAGAGGAAUAGACUAUCCCAGAGAAGAUGAAGGAAGAGGAGGAAGAGGAGGAGGAGGAGGAGGAGGAAGAGAAGGAAGAGUGAGGCAAAGGUCUUCCCCGAUUGUUUGACCGAAGAAUACGAAGCUUUCCUUAUGAUGGUGGAUGGAGGAGGAGGAGGAGGAGGAGGAGGAGGAGGAGGAGGAGGAGGAGGAGGAGGAGGAGGAGAGAAGAAAGAGGAGGAAGAGGAAGAGGAGGAGGAGGAAGGAAGAUGCAAGAGAGAGGUCACAUCACUAUAUAAAGAAGAGGAGGAAGACUACAUGAAAAUUGAAGAAGAGGAGGAGGAAAGAAGAAGAAAGAGGAUGAGAGAGGAGGAGGAGGAAGAGGAAGAGGAGAAGAAAGAACAGAAGACCCUGGAGAAGAUGAAGAAGAAGAGGAAGAAGCAAAUGAAGGAGAAGAGGAGGCAGAAGAAACUGGAAAAGAAAGCAAAGAAGAAGAGGAAGGAGAAAGAGAGGAAGAGGGUCAAGAGGAGGAGGAAGAGCAGUGAUAGUUCAGUACAAAUGGAGGAGGAGGAGGAGGAGGAGAGAAGACUUACAAGAGAUAAGAGGAAGAGGAAAUAAGAAUGGACUGCAAUAAGUGGCAGAGAGGAGGAGGAGGAGGACGAUAAACGCAUCACCUCGAGGAAGAAGAAGGAGGAGGAGGAGGAGGAAGAGGAAGAGGAACAAGAAGAGGGUAGAAGAUUCAGCAGACACUCGGAUAAUGGUGAAAGCCCCUCUUAUACUCCACCAAGAAGACUGCAAGAACAGGAGAAGGAAGAGGA